AAUCUGGAUGGAAGUGUUUCCAUACUCCCACCACCAUUACACCAUCAGGUCACACGCACUCAUAGCUCGUGCCCUGUCGCGAUGACAUCUCUCGUAGGCUACGAUUACGAUUCGGACGAUUCUGAUAAGGGGGAGCUCGGCGCGCAGGAACUAGCGGAAGCACUGGCUCAGGCUGGUCCGCCACAGCGCGCCGAGUCAGGGAGAGCUGCAGCAGCUGAAGCCGGAAGUUCCGCGAAACCUUCUGUGGGUCAAAUAGAAUCCCGUCAGCUUCUAUCUCCUGAUAGAUCGUCACUUCAAAACGAAUCUGACCAAGGGAAAUCCCCCUCGCAACGCUCCGUUAAGCCUUCGUUGGGAACACACGCGAAGCCAAAUCCACUGAUGCAGCAGCAGCAGCCUGCAGACCAGCCAUCCCGGGUGAUUCUACCCAGUGCGGCGGAUCUCUUAGGAGAUUCCCCCGAUAGUCUCAGCUUCGCUAUAGGAACAGUCGGGAGAGGGGGACCGAGUGGGGGAUUGCAAGGACCAGCAGGAAAUUUGGUCGAAGCUUCCAGGAAGCGCACUGAGCCCAACCCUAAUAUGCUGCUGCCCAAGCCUCCGUUGAAGGCUCUGAAGGGAGGCUCGGGAGCAGGAGUAGGAGCAGGAGCAGGAGCAGGAGGAAGGGGUGGAAGAGGAGGAAGAGGAGGAGGGUUGGGUGCAUCAGCAGAUUCGUUCUUGCCACCCCAACUUCGAGGCCGCUCCAACGUGGCAACUGAGGAUUUGGACCGCAUAUUCUCCAAGAAGGGAAAACAUAAACAAUAGCCAAGUUGCGCUAUGACAUGAGAACAUUCUUUUUCGCUAGCAGAUAUCCCUGUAAUUAGGUUCCUUCUUUCCUGCAAUGAAACUGAUGGUUUGACUGCUUUCUUGUAAUUAUUUUUUCUUAAUAUGGUG